UCCCCGCAGUGCUCCAAGUGCCGCGACUCGUUCCAGGGCCACCCGGUGGGCGGGCAGCAGUGCUACCGGCUGCUGGCGGUGGAGCAGGAGUACUGCCUGGACGCGGCGUCGCAGAGCCACUGCUUCCCGCCGCCGCAGCGCCGCCCGCUGCCGCCCGGCCGCUCCGUGCCCUUCGCCGUGCAGCCCAAGUUCACCAACGUGGACAUCCGCGUCACGCUGGACGUCACCUUCGGCGCCGUCGACCUCUACGUGGCCACCGCCUACGACACCUUCGCCGUGGACGUGGAGCCGGGCACCGGGUGGCACCGCGUCAGGGUGCAGGCGCCCGGUGGCGGGGGUGGUGGCACCUUCGGGGGUCAGGGUGGCACC